AUGAAUACAAAUGAAAUAGUAGAAAAAAAUAUAUUUAAAGAAGAUGUUGUAUCAUUUUUAGAUGUAAUUAAUAAUAGAAUAGAAUAUGGUGUUGUAUUUAGAGUUGCAUGGGAUUUGGAUGAUAUAACAGAUGAAGAUGAAAGUGAUAGUGAAGAGGAAGAAGAAGAAGAAGAUGACAGUGAUGAAGAAGAUACAAAUGAGGAGGAGGAAGAAGAUAGUGAAGAUAAAGAAUAUAACAAAAAGAAACAAAGUGUAAUGGAGGAAAUGAAAAGAUCAGGGUAUACAUACUUUGAUGAGGAUAAUGAAUUUGAUCACUUGGAUGUAGAUGAAGAGAUUUUAAGAGAAAAGUGUAAACAUCAUCAUUUCAAAUCAGAUACUGGUGUAUUGGUUCAUUUGAUUCGUGCACCAGUCUAUACAGAGAUGGAAUACGAACAAUUGACAUUGGUAGAUAGAACAUUGUAUUUGGCAGAUUUUGUACAACGUAUUCAACAACCACAACCAACUGGUAUACCCAAUUCGAAUCACCAACUCGGUAAAGUAUUAUCAACAAGAAAACAAUACUCUGUCUAUCCAUUUUCAUUCCUCGCUCAAAAUCAAAAUAUUCACCUUGGUCAAGACCCUUCUCAAAUGCUUCAUUUGGAUCAUGUCGACCAACUUACUCCAUUCUCAAAUUCAUUGGUUAUGAAUAAAUCAAAAACUGUUAUUGGUAGAGUUAUUGGUUAUCAACAAGAUUUAGUUGUUAGAAAUUUAGCAAAUAAUAGAGGAUCAAUUAUUCCUGCGUCAGAAGUUGAUUAUAUAUUUAUUGAUCCUGUUUUUGAUUCUAAUCCUUGUCCAGGUAAAACAAUUACCUUUGGUAAAGAUAGAUUUGUCAUUUUAACAGUUGUUCCAACUAAAUUGGAAGUUAAUUGGUAUUAUUAUCUUGAUGAAAAUGCUGAUCCACCUCCAUCAUCUAUAAAAUCAAAUCAAGUUAUAGUAUUUAGUGAUGAUUAUCAAUUUUCAGUAAUUGGUGAAAAUGUUUUAUUUGUAAAUAGUAAUGGAAUUAAAGAAGGAGCAAUGGUAUUUUUAACAAAAACAUGGUGUACUAUAUCAUGGCAAGAUGGUACGAUUACAGAAGAGUUGUCAACCAAUUUUGUUGUAGUUGAUAGUUUGGCAACCGAUUAUUUCCCAGGAGAUGUUGUUGAACCUGCUGAAGUGGAUGAAAAGACAAAAUGGGGUGUCAUCAAUAGUUACAAUCCAACAACUCGUACCUGUUCAAUCUUGUGGAAUAUUCCAGGACGAGAAGAUUGCGCCGAGGAAAAAGAUGUAUCAGUAUACUCUAUCGAAUAUUUGGUAGACUAUAAUUUCGAUGAAUCUGAUUUUGUUUUCAAGAAUGAUUCAGCACUCAUUGAAAAGGAAGCAGAUAUCGUUGGACAAGUAGUUGGAAGAGAUAAAUGUAGACUUUUAAUCAAUUGGAAUAAUGGCUGUCAAGAAAAGGUUCUUCCAUAUACUCUUUGUCUUAUUGAAGAUGAUGAUAGUGAUAAUGAAGAAGAACAAAAUGAUGACGAUCAAGAUGAUUUUGAUAUAGAAAAUGAAGAAGAAGAUGACGAUCAAGAUGAUGAUGAUGAUGAUGAUGAAGGUGAAUGGGAAAUUAAUAGUGAUAGCGAUAAUGAUCAAAAUCAACAAAAAGAAGAAAAGAGUGGUGGUGGAGGAGGAGGAGGUUUAAUUAGUAAUUUUAUUCAUUCUUUAAAAAGUUUACUUGUUGGUGAUGAUCAUCAACAAGAACAACCAAAACAACAAGAGAAAAAAGAAAAAGAAGAAGAAGAAGAAAAACAAGGGGAUUUAGAUGAUAAUGGUAUUCAAAAAUUCCAAUUAUUAACAUCAAUUGAAAAUCAUGCUUAUUAUUCAGAGAAAAUGACAAUAACAACAAAAUUAUUAAAAACAAUUAAUCAAGAAUUUAAAUUAUUAGAGACAUCAUUACCAAAAGGUGUUUAUGUUAGAGGGUUUAGUGAAAAGAUGAAUUUACUUCAAGCACUUAUCAUCGGACCAGAAGAUACAGUUUAUGAAAAUGGUAUCUUUAUCUUUGAUAUCUUUUUACCAAAUAAUUAUCCCUAUGCUCCACCAAAAGUUUUUUAUCAUAGUGUUACUUAUAAAUUACAUCCAAAUCUUUAUGUAAAUGGAAAUGUUUGUUUGAGUUUAUUAGGAACAUGGCAUGGUAAUAAAAAUGAACAAUGGCAACCAGGAUUUUCAAAUUUAUUACAAGUAUUGAUAAGUAUUCAAGGAUUGAUUUUAGGAUACAAGGAACCAUACUUUUUGGAAGCAGGAUAUGAAUCGCAACUUGGAACGAUUAUUGGAAAGAGAAAUUCAUCACUCUAUAAUGAAGAAGUGUAUCUUUUAACAUUGGAAACUUUAAUGUUUUAUAAUAACAACAAACCAACUGUAUUUGAAUCGAUCAUUACCAAUCAUAUCAAUGACAAGAUCAAAGAUGUCCUCACUCGACUCGACCAACUUCUCGAUCAAUCCAACACCGAAAUAUUUAAAAUUACACUUCCACCAUCUGAAGGUUUCCUUAAACCUCUUUUAAAAUUAAAAUCUAAAAUUCAAUCAAUUGAAAAGUUAAAAGAAGAAGAAGAAGUAAAAGUAAAUGAAAAUGAAAAUGAAUAA